AUGGCCGCCCAAAUAUUCACAAUAAACCCAGAAGCCUUCACCGAAGCCCUAAAAGAACUCCCCCUCUCAGCCGUCUACGCCAAAGUCUCCGAACUCCGCAACUCAAUCGCGCACCUGCACCGCUCGAACGCCGAAAUGAAGGACUUUCUAGAGGCGUCGCAGUCGGACGAAGAGAGGAGGGAGAUGGAGGGGUAUAUUCGUGAGAAUGAGGGUGUUUUUGCGUCUAUGCGGGAACGGUUGGAUAUGCUUAGGACUGAGGUUGAGAGGAGGGGACAGUCGUGGAUUGAGGAGGAGGGAGAUGGUUCUAAGGAGGAGGAGAAGGAGGGGGGUGAUGGUGUGCCAGCUACGAAUGGAGCUUUGAACUCGAGUUCAAAUGCUGCGGGCCAGCCUGGGGGUGAUGCGGAGGAGGGUGUUUAUCUUUGA